CUUUGAGCUAUCUAUAUAACUGUAUAUGUAUCAUUGACCCUGUUAAUGACAACAAGGGUUGCAAUAUCUAAACUGUCAGUCCCCACUGGUAGCCAUUUGGACAGGUCGUUGGAAUGCCUAAUUGACAUUUUAAUUUUUCAUAGACGACGUCACCGCACCGCUUAUUUUAAGUGUUUUAAGUAUUUUGUAGCAAAAACAAACCAAAAGUUAUUUUCAUAGAAAAACUUAUUUUGUAUUAUUAGCGUGCCCUUAUUAUAAUAAUUAAUACUUAUUUUAGGGCGCUUUGUAUUAUUGAUUUAUGAUUUGUUUUUCAUCAUUUCAAAAUGUCAAGCAAAGCUGCAAAUUUACGAAUUCAACUUCAAGGAAUCAUCGCUUCUGGAGGAUCCCAUAAAGAUCAAGCUGAAAAGUAUAGAUCAACCCUGGAAAAUAUUUUAAAAGAAAGUAACACAGAUUUAGUGGAAUGUUUACAAACGUUUAUUGAAGCAAUUGUUAAUGAAAAUGUAAGUUUGGUAAUUUCUCGUCAAAUUUUAACAGAAAUCAGUACUCAUUUAAUGAAACUGCCUGAUGAUGUAUCUAAAGCAGUAUCGCACUAUAUGCUAGAAAAAGUUCAACCCAGAGUAAUUUCGUUUGAAGAACAAGUUGCUAGUAUUCGCCAACAUUUAGCAGAUAUUUAUGAAAGGAAUCAAAUGUGGAGAGAAGCUGCAGUGGUUUUGGUUGGAAUACCAUUAGAAACGGGACAAAAACAGUAUACGGUUGAUUAUAAACUUGAAACCUACCUUAAAAUCGCCCGCUUAUACUUAGAAAAUGACGAUCCUGUACAAGCUGAAGCUUUCAUAAAUAGAGCAUCACUUUUACAAGCUGAAUCUCGAAAUGAACAACUCCAAAUCUACUAUAAAGUGUGUUAUGCAAGGGUGUUGGACUAUCGACGUAAAUUCAUAGAAGCUGCACAACGAUACAAUGAGCUCUCUUACAGAUCAAUAGUACAUGACGAUGAAAGAAUGACGGCUUUAAGAAAUGCUUUGGUUUGUACUGUACUGGCGUCUGCUGGUCAGCAACGAUCUAGAAUGUUAGCUACUUUGUUUAAAGAUGAACGGUGUCAACAAUUACCAGCUGUUGCUAUUUUAGAAAAGAUGUACUUGGAAAGGAUUAUUAGACGAUCGGAACUAAGAGAUUUUGAAGCGUUGCUCCAACCUCAUCAGAAAGCAUCUACCUUAGAUGGCUCAACUAUCCUUGACCGAGCUGUUAUAGAACACAACUUACUCUCAGCCAGUAAAUUAUACAAUAACAUUAGUUUCGAAGAACUUGGAGCGCUAUUAGAGAUUGUACCAUCAAAAGCAGAAAAGAUUGCAAGCCAAAUGAUCACUGAAGGAAGAAUGAAUGGUUACAUUGACCAAAUUGAUUCUAUAGUCCAUUUUGAAACUCGUGAAACCUUACCUCAGUGGGACAAACAGAUCCAGUCAUUGUGUUAUCAGGUUAAUUCUAUUAUCGAGAGCAUCUCUAAACACCACCCAGAAUGGAUGCUGAAGGUUAUGGACGAACAAAUGGUAUCAUAAGUUGUUUUAGUUAUAAUUAAUUUUCAAAUUAUUCUAAUUUAAAAAUAUUUUCAAUUUAUUUAAUCUAUUGGUCUAUUUAAUUCAUGUAUAGUUUUGUGUACAUUUUUGAUGGAUAUUUUGUAUAAAAGAUAUUCGUUUGACCAUAUAAACUCAUGUGAGAAGCUACUGUGUUUUGAUAUUCAGGUCCAUUUAGCUUUUCGUAUUAAAGAUUGCAUUGGAAGCUAGUUUGGCGGUUUUAAUUUUAAAAAUGGAUAUUUUUAUUUCUUUACUUUAGAUAAUUUGUUUUAUUUGUAACUAACAAAUUAAAUAAUUAUUGUGUAUAUUACUCUCAGCUAGUGACUUUUUGUAAUAAGCUUUCACGUCUUAAAUAAACUAACUGUAAU